GCGGGUGAGCGAGUAGAGUUCAAUAAGAGGUUAGAAGAGCGUGAGGGCUGGGAACAGCAGGGGAGGGGAAUAGGAGAUAAUCUGCGUAGCAAUGUGUAAACAUGACUGUCUUAGGUUCAGCAAUAUUGCGUAGUGGCACGUGGAAGUCCCGACUGAAGUUGGACACUUUUAGUUCGCAGUGGUGCCAGUUCUCAGGGUUGUGUGAUUUUCUGCACAGAUGAAGGAGUGAGCAAGGUUGGUUGAACUGUUGCAGACUAACAGUUUUACAGGUGGGCGAAGGAUCAGAGAGGAAAUUGAGUUGAGGGUGUUGGUGAAUAUGAUAUAGGAGUUUCAGAACCUGACUACACAUCUGUCGUUGAUGGUCUAAAUAUUUGCAUGUUUGCAGGUCCAGCGAUGGCACAAUGCCUAGCAGCAGAAGGUUUGCACCCACUGUGCGACAUAAGUGGCGGCUCUGGAAAAUCAUAAAAUCAUGGGAGGACUUGGGAGUGCAGGCUGGGUGGGGUGGGACUGUGGCUGCGAAAAACAGUGUUAUGAAACUGUGCGCGGGACAAGAAAGCUGAUUUUACUGAUUGUAUAUUGGGGAGUCCUACGAGAAUCACUGGAGAGGCCAAUUCAUUUUCUCCUAUCCCACCCCAUCUUUUGGGGUUGCAACUAACCAGUAAGUUUACACAUUGCGGAUACAAUGGCAAAACGCGGCCGCGAGGCGAUGACGUCAUUCGCGGGAGUGGGGGGAGCAGCGACCACCGUUAGGGUACUGUUUCCAUAAAGGCAGUUUGAAAAUAUUUCAGCCUUUUUACUUUCAUACUUCCGGCCCUUGCAGUUUGAGGUGAUAACAAACGACUGCUGCUCCCAACCACUCUCACCACCGCCUGUUACCAUGGAAGCGCUCGGGUAGCUAGGCUUGGACGACUCUAUUCUACGUCAUCGUCAAAGCGCAUCCCAGGACUGAUAGCUCCGCCCUAACCUAAAGGAGGGGAUGUGCUCCCAAGUACGUAGCCUGCAGUGCCUAACGCAUUCUCAGUAAUUUUGACCCCCAACAGACACCGUCGACAGUCUCCCAAGAACAAUUCCCAGGAGCUCGGAUUCCAAGAGCCGCCCGCGCCCUCGUUUACCUUCGCUAGUCGCCCUGCAGCCCCGCCUUGUCCGGAGGCCCCGCCCUCCAUGAAUCAGCUGAUCCCGGAUCCACGGGGUUGCCAAGCUCGCGCCGGAUGCGGAGCGCGGUGUUGCCGGUGAGCUUCAGGUCUUGAUAGACUUUCUGUAAAGAAGGAAUGAUUUGGUGAUGGAGUGUUCCCACUGACCGAUGGACUCAAAGAAGAGAAGCUCAACAGAGGCAGAAGGAUCCAAGGAAAGAGGCCUGGUCCAUAUCUGGCAGGCAGGAUCCUUUCCCAUAACACCAGAGAGAUUGCCAGGCUGGGGAGGAAAGACUGUUUUGCAGGCAGCCCUUGGAGUGAAACAUGGAAUUCUUCUGACUGAAGAUGGUGAGGUCUACAGCUUUGGGACUCUUCCCUGGAGAAGUGGACCAGCGGAGAUUUGUCCAAGUAGCCCCAUUCUAGAAAAUGCCCUGGUUGGGCAAUAUGUUGUUACUGUGGCAACAGGAAGCUUCCAUAGUGGAGCAGUGACAGACAAUGGUGUCACGUACAUGUGGGGAGAGAAUUCUGCUGGCCAGUGUGCAGUAGCCAACCAGCAGUAUGUGCCGGAACCGAACCCUGUCAGCAUUGCUGAUUCUGAGGCCAGCCCUUUGUUAGCAGUCAGGAUUUUACAGUUGGCAUGUGGCGAGGAGCACACUCUGGCAUUGUCAGUAAGCAGAGAGAUUUGGGCAUGGGGUACCGGUUGUCAGUUGGGUCUCAUUACCACUGCCUUCCCAGUGACAAAGCCGCAAAAGGUAGAACAUCUUGCUGGGCGAGUGGUACUUCAAGUUGCCUGUGGUGCUUUCCACAGCUUAGCCCUUGUACAAUGCCUCCCUUCCCAGGAUCUGAAGCCAGUCCCAGAACGAUGCAACCAGUGCAGCCAGCUCUUGAUUACUAUGACUGACAAAGAAGACCAUGUGAUUAUAUCAGACAGUCAUUGCUGCCCAUUAGGUGUGACACUGACAGAAUCUCAGGCAGAAAACCAUGCCAGCACUGCUCUCAGCCCCUCCACUGAAACCCUUGUCAGGCAGGAAGAAGUAUUUGAGAACACUCUUGUAACAAAUGAUCAGUCUGUUGCUACUGAACUGAAUGCAGUAAGUGCUCAGAUCACAAGCAGCGAUGCCGUAUCCUCUCAACAAAAUGUCAUGGGAACAACUGAAAUUUCCUCUGCCAGAAACAUACCAUCAUACCCUGACACCCAAGCAGUCAAUGAAUACCUGCGGAAACUGUCAGAUCAUUCAGUAAGAGAGGACUCAGAGCAUGGUGAAAAGCCAAUGCCAUCUCAGCCUCUUGUAGAAGAAGCAAUUCCUAAUCUCCACAGCCCGCCUACCACAAGCACCUCAGCCCUAAACAGCCUGGUGGUCUCUUGUGCAUCUGCUGUUGGUGUGAGAGUGGCUGCUACUUAUGAAGCUGGUGCCUUGUCACUGAAGAAAGUUAUGAACUUUUAUAGUACAACCCCUUGUGAAACUGGAGCUCAGGCAGGCAGUAGUGCCACUGGCCCCGAAGGUUUGAAAGAUAGCAGGGAAGAACAGGUUAAACAGGAAUCAAUGCAAGGAAAGAAAAGUUCAAGUCUUGUGGAUAUCAGAGAAGAAGAAACGGAGGGAGGCAGUCGAAGACUCUCCCUCCCUGGAUUGUUGUCACAAGUUUCCCCCAGGCUCUUAAGAAAGGCUGCACGGGUGAAAACGAGGACAGUGGUUCUGACCCCCACAUACAGUGGAGAAGCAGAUGCGCUCCUGCCUUCUCUGAGAACAGAAGUGUGGACCUGGGGGAAAGGGAAGGAAGGGCAGCUGGGGCACGGCGAUGUUCUGCCUAGGCUUCAACCGUUGUGUGUAAAAUGUCUGGAUGGCAAAGAAAUAAUCCAUCUGGAGGCAGGUGGUUACCAUUCUCUUGCACUUACUGCGAAAUCCCAGGUUUACUCAUGGGGUAGCAAUACCUUUGGUCAACUUGGGCAUUCCGAUUUUCCAACAACGGUUCCUCGUCUUGCAAAGAUAAGCAGUGAAAAUGGAGUCUGGAGCGUAGCUGCAGGCCAGGAUUAUUCCCUGUUUUUAGUGGAUACAGAAGACUUCCAGCCUGGGUUAUAUUACAGUGGCCGACAGGACCCUACAGAAGGUGACAACCUUCCAGAGAAUCACAGUGGUUCUAAGACUCCAGUACUUCUCUCCUGUAGUAAGCUUGGAUAUAUAAGCAGAGUGACAGCAGGAAAAGAUAGUUAUCUAGCCUUGGUGGAUAAAAACAUUAUGGGGUAUAUUGCCAGUCUCCAUGAGUUAGCUACUACAGAAAGACGAUUCUAUUCAAAACUAAGUGAUAUCAAAUCUCAGAUUCUCAGGCCUCUUCUCAGUUUAGAAAAUUUGGGCACUACAACUACAGUCCAGCUGUUGCAGGAGGUGGCUAGCCGAUUCAGCAAGCUGUGUUACCUCAUUGGUCAGCAUGGAGCCUCACUGAGCAGCUUCCUUCAUGGGGUAAAGGAAGCCAGGAGUUUGGUCAUCCUGAAGCAUUCAAGUCUCUUCUUGGAUAGUUAUACAGAGUAUUGCACAUCUAUUACAAAUUUCGUGGUUAUGGGAGGAUUCCAGCUUCUUGCUAAGCCUGCCAUUGAUUUCCUAAACAAAAACCAAGAGCUGUUGCAAGAUUUGUCAGAAGUGAAUGAUGAAAACACUCAGUUGAUGGAAAUACUGAAUACUUUGUUUUUCUUGCCAAUCAGACGACUUCAUAAUUACGCAAAAGUUUUGCUAAAGCUUGCUACUUGUUUUGAAGUGGCAUCUCCAGAAUAUCAGAAACUGCAGGAUUCCAGUUCUUGUUAUGAGUGUCUUGCUCUCCAUCUCGGCAGGAAAAGGAAGGAAGCAGAAUACACACUGGGCUUCUGGAAGACCUUCCCCGGAAAAAUGACGGAUUCCUUGAGGAAGCCAGAGCGUCGACUGCUGUGUGAAAGUAGUAACCGAGCCCUGUCUCUGCAGCAUGCUGGGAGGUUUUCUGUGAAUUGGUUCAUUCUCUUUAAUGAUGCCCUGGUCCAUGCCCAGUUCUCCACGCACCAUGUUUUCCCUCUGGCCACGCUGUGGGCAGAGCCACUGUCUGAAGAAGCUGGUGGUGUGAAUGGCUUAAAGAUAACUACACCUGAGGAGCAGUUCACUCUCAUUUCAUCUACACCCCAGGAAAAGACAAAGUGGCUACGAGCUAUAAGCCAAGCUGUAGAUCAGGCUUUGAGAGGGAUGUCUGAUCUCCCCCCUUAUGGAAGUGGUAGCAGUGUUCAGAGACAGGAACCACCCAUUUCACGCAGUGCCAAAUAUACUUUCUACAAGGAUCCUCGCCUGAAAGAUGCCACCUAUGAUGGACGCUGGCUUUCAGGGAAGCCUCAUGGCAGAGGGGUUUUGAAGUGGCCUGAUGGAAAGAUGUAUUCUGGCAUGUUCAGGAAUGGCUUGGAAGAUGGUUAUGGAGAAUACAGAAUCCCAAACAAGGCGAUGAACAAAGAAGACCAUUAUGUGGGCCAUUGGAAAGAAGGAAAAAUGUGCGGUCAAGGAGUCUACAGCUAUGCUUCUGGUGAAGUAUUUGAGGGCUGUUUUCAAGAUAAUAUGCGUCAUGGUCAUGGCCUUCUACGAAGUGGGAAAUUGACGUCCUCUUCUCCUAGUAUGUUCAUUGGCCAGUGGGUAAUGGAUAAGAAAGCAGGAUAUGGUGUCUUUGAUGAUAUCACUAGGGGGGAAAAGUAUAUGGGAAUGUGGCAAGAUGAUGUGUGUCAAGGGAAUGGUGUGGUGGUUACCCAGUUUGGAUUAUACUACGAGGGCAACUUUCACCUUAAUAAAAUGAUGGGAAAUGGGGUUUUGCUUUCUGAAGAUGAUACUAUCUAUGAGGGAGAAUUUUCAGAUGACUGGACUCUUAGCGGAAAGGGAACACUGACUAUGCCAAAUGGAGACUACAUUGAAGGUUAUUUUAGUGGAGAAUGGGGAUCUGGGAUAAAAAUCACUGGAACCUACUUCAAACCUAGUCUGUAUGAGAGUGAUAAAGACAGACCUAAAGUUUUCAGGAAGCUAGGAAACCUGGCAGUGCCAGCUGAUGAGAAGUGGAAAGCGGUGUUUGACGAAUGUUGGCGCCAACUGGGCUGCGAGGGCCCAGGCCAAGGGGAAGUCUGGAAAGCGUGGGACAAUAUUGCUGUGGCCUUAACCACCAGUCGGCGCCAGCACAGAGACAGUCCAGAAAUAUUAAGUCGUUCACAGACUCAGACACUAGAGAGUUUGGAAUUCAUUCCACAGCAUGUUGGUGCCUUCUCUGUGGAGAAAUAUGAUGACAUCAGGAAAUAUUUAAUAAAGGCCUGUGACACUCCUCUGCACCCCCUGGGCAGGCUUGUGGAGACACUGGUUGCAGUGUAUAGAAUGACAUACGUGGGCGUAGGAGCCAACCGCAGGUUAUUGCAGGAGGCUGUAAAGGAGAUUAAGUCCUAUCUUAAGCGAAUUUUCCAGCUGGUGAGGUUCUUAUUUCCUGAGCUGCCUGAAGAAGGCAGCACAAUUCCUCUCUCUGCUCCUCUGCCAACCGAAAGGAAGUCUUUUUGCACUGGGAAGUCAGAUUCCCAAUCUGAAUCACCAGAGCCAGGUUAUGUAGUAACGAGUUCUGGAUUAUUGCUUCCUGUGCUGCUACCUCGGCUCUACCCACCGCUGUUUAUGCUUUAUGCUUUGGAUAAUGAUCGCGAGGAAGACAUUUACUGGGAAUGUGUCCUUCGACUAAAUAAGCAGCCAGAUAUUGCUCUCCUGGGCUUUCUUGGGGUGCAGAGGAAAUUUUGGCCAGCAACCUUGUCAAUCCUUGGAGAGAGUAAAAAGGUUUUGCCAACCACGAAAGAUGCUUGUUUUGCCUCAGCAGUAGAAUGUCUGCAGCAGAUCAGCACAACAUUUACUCCAUCAGACAAACUUAAGGUCAUCCAGCAGACUUUUGAGGAGAUCUCUCAGAGUGUCCUGGCAUCACUCCAGGAAGACUUCUUGUGGUCCAUGGAUGACUUGUUUCCUGUUUUCUUAUAUGUGGUGCUACGGGCCAGGAUUAGGAAUUUAGGCUCUGAGGUACACCUCAUUGAGGAUCUAAUGGACCCCUAUCUUCAGCAUGGGGAACAGGGUAUAAUGUUCACCACCUUGAAGGUGAGUGCAUGUUACUACCAGAUUCAGCGUGAGAAGCUUAACUAGGCUGCAUAACAGCUUGAAAACUGGAUUAUCUACUACAGAGUGUUAUAACACCAUCUGGAGUCUUCCUGUAGUGGCAAAAAAGAACAGUGUUGAAAUUGGAAAGGACUUUGUGUUAUUUAGGUUGUUAGAAUGAGCCUUACUAAUAAUAAGAGCCCUGAGCCCAGAAAAAAGGACGGUAUAGUUUAAAGGGAGGAUUGAAAAGGAGGUAAAAAAAUCAGAUUAGACCAGUUCUUGGCCUAUGAUAAGUUCCAAAAAUACCAUUCAUCUACUAUUUGAAAAAAGAAGAGGAUAUCCCUUCCUGCAGUAAAGGGUAUGUCAGCUACAUGAAGUUGUAAGAAAAGCUUCCAGUAGAGCUUCUUAUAUUAAAGAAGUUGAUGGAUAUUUUUGAAUUUCUGGUUUGCCUGAAUCCACCUGCAGUUACCCUGAUCCCUUUGCAAGAACCAGAUCGUACUUGAAACUAUAGUGGCCACACUCUGCCUUCCUGAGUCCCGUCCAGUCAUGUGUGCAUCAUGUCUCUUUGCCAAGGGAGGGGAGAAAGGAACUUUUAAACUGCAGUUUUAACUUUUUCUAAGCUUUUUCUUGAUGGGAGAGGUUCUGUGCAAAACUACCACAUUCUGUCCCCAAAAUGUGGAAUGCAUCCAAAUAGGAGUCUUCUGUAUCUUAACUUAAAAGAACAUAGGAAUUUUGUUUUUGGUUUCUUUAUCAUGCUACGGAGAGUGAAUAGUGAAUACACUGGAAUUCAGACACCGACUCUGAGCUGCUAGGAACCUCAUUUGUCCAUGUGCAAACGCUGUAUUCCGAGGCCUGUGAAUGGCAGCCGGAGGAGGUUUUGCAUGCAGGCUGUGUUUUCGAGCAGGACUAACAAUUGGGAAAUAAGCAAAAAACUGCAUCGAUCCCCAGCCUGGUGUUGUUCUUCCCUAUACUUCACACUGAACUCAGGAUGGGAAGAAAAAGGAAACAAGCUUUGGCUUUUUCCAUCUCAAAAGUAUUGUGGCACCUCAACAUUUCAGUGUUUUGCUUUUUAAAAAAUGCCCUAUUGUAAGUUGUUGGUUUAUACUGUAUAAGUAACACUAGUAGCUGUUUUAAAUAACAUAGGUGCUCUUCCUCAUCUCAUCUCCUACACCGUGGUGAGCAUACAGAGUGUCCUGAUUUGUGUUAAGUGACUGAGAAGAUGUUAAUUACUUUUGAAAAAGGAUCAUGGUUUUUGCUCUACUUUAUAAUCAAGACAAGUGUUUAUUAAAAUACUGUUUUGGAAUGUUGGCUGUAAUGUAACAGCAAUUUUCAUAAUAAAAGGCAUUCAUCUUUA